AUGUACUCUUCGUCACUCGUUGGUGUGCGAGUGGGCUCAGGGAUGGGAGUUGAGGACGGUGCUCUGCUGUCUGGCCUCUUAUGGGUUGCUCAACUUGUCAAGCAUGGGCCUUUCUUCUCAUCACUGGUAUCAAACUAUGCUUAUCACGCCUUUGAGGAUGUUGAAUCCAAAUUUUUUUUGUUGGAAAUACUGGACCUUAUUCGCAAGAAAACUGCAACUCAGAAAGGAGUAGCUGUGGAAAAAGCCACAAAUGUUUCGGAUGUAGAUUCUUCUGUGACUUCUGGACCGGUGUUUAUCAGCACCAGCAGUUAUGUGGUUAAUUCCGAAAUGGAGAACAGAACAUCUGAAGGAUUAGACAAUGAUGAAUUGAUCAGAGCAUCUAAAAAUCCAGUUCUUGAAAAAGAUGUUCAUGAAUUUGGUGCACCAACUGAUCCUGAAAAAAUGAAGGAUCUGGCAGCCAUAAAGGUUCAAGCUGCCUUUCGGGGUUACUUGGCACGCAGGGCAUUUGGUGCACUGAAGGGUAUUAUAAGGCUGCAGGCACUCAUUCGUGGGCAUUUGGUAAGGAGACAAGCUGUUGUCACGCUACAUUCUCUUCUGGGAAUUAUCAAAUUUCAGGCUCUGUUUCGUGGACAAAGAGUUAGAUCUUCUGGUAUUGGUCUUGAAAUCAGAGCCAAAUUUCCUUAUAGGAAAGCUGCGGUAAUAGUCUGAACCUUGCAAAUGCCUUAGGA